AUGACAGAUCCCUUCUUUACCCGAAAACGAAAAUCAACAGGAACAACACCUUCCACCUCUUCAAAGAAACGAAAAGGAAAACCCACGCCAACCAUAUCGAAUGCGAACGACGAAGAAAUUUUGUCUGACGACGAGACUGGACCCGGAUCUGUUGAAUCGAAUGGAUCAAUAACCGAAAGUGAAAGUGAUAGAGAGACACCGGCGGAAAAAAGGCGAAGACUGGCUAAGCAGUAUAUCGAGUCUGUGAAAAAGAAAAUUGGCGAAGGUGAAUUUGAUGCCGCUGAAAUUGAUAGAGAUCUGAUUGCAGAGCGUUUAAAGACAGAUGCUCUCGAAAAAACUGGCCGAGCCUUUAAAGAAAUUGCUGAUACGUUUAAAUUUCCGAUUGACUCUGCGAGCUUAAAAUCUGGACGUCAUGAUCUGGCCGUGACCUGUAUUGCAGUAGCCGAUGGCUUCAAGUACUUUUAUACGGCUUCCAAGGACUGCUCGAUAAGAAAAUGGGACAUAGAAACUGGCCGGAAGCUGCAUGAAUUCCCCGGUGGACGAAGAGGGGUAAAGCAGUUUGAUGGACAUACGGAUCACAUUCUUGCCUUGGCUUUGAGUUCGGAUGGAAAAUACCUGGCCAGUGGUGGAGCAGAUAAGAAGAUUAAUAUCUGGAAUGUUGAUGAUAACAAACUUUUAAAGUGUUUUAGGCAGCAUAAAGACGCAGUGACGGCUCUCGUAUUUCGAAAAGGCGCUAAUCAACUAUACUCAGCGUCAAAGGAUCGCACGGUUAAAGUCUGGAACAUUGAUGAAUUGUCUUAUAUUGAGACACUCUAUGGCCACCAGGACCAGGUAAUGGCAAUAGAUGCAUUGUCUCUCGAGCGUUGCGUCACUGUUGGUAGUGGCGAUCGGACUUGUAGAUUAUGGAAGAUAUCCAAAGAAUCUCAACUUGUCUUCCGUGCCGCGGGAAAGAUUUCAGACGAAGAUAAAAAAGAGGUGCAUCACGGAGGUGGUUUGGAUGCUGUAGCGAUGAUAGAUGAAGAUAAUUUUCUGACUGGCAGCGAUAACGGCACAAUAUCUUUAUGGAAUGUGAAUAAGAAAAAGCCAGUCUACUCUUAUCCGCUUAGCCAUGGCAGCGUAGAAACUUUCUGUCCAGGCUCGCAAAAAAUUGAUAAUCCACGGUGGAUAACAUCUCUCGCUACACUUCGCUAUUCUAAUCUCUUUGCUUCCGGCUCAUGGGAUGGUCAAAUAAGACUCUGGAAAAUAAAGCCAGGGUUACGAUCUUUUGAGUUAAUAUCUACUAUCCCUGUUCCCGGUUUCAUAAAUUCUCUCGGUUUUUUGAUGAUGCCGAGCGAGGAUAAGACGUAUUUAGUUAUAGGAGCAG